AAAAUUUCAUGGAAAGGAAGAAAGUAAACAUUGUACUCAUGAGAUAGAAAAGCAGUCACUUGUUCAAUAGAAACAGGGAAAUGUUCAAUAUUAUCAAGGAAUUUUGCUCUGAUUCAAACUCGAAACUUUGCAACUAAACAAUAAAGAGAAAUCAUCUUCUCAUCAACUCAACUCUCUUUAAUUCAUCUAAUCCUUUCCUCUUUAAUCUUCAUCUUCUAAUAAUCCAUAAUCUAUCUUCAUUCAUGAUCCAUUCUUUGUUUAUCUUCAUGUAAAUUCAAAUUCUAAAGUAAAUUAUAUACACACACACUUCCAAAGGAACUUCAUUUCUUUACUAGUGUUCAUCAUCUUCUUCAUCUAAAUCAUCAACUUGUGAAUCAAUCAGAACUUUUUUCUUUGUACUAAUUUCUUGAAUUUCAUAUUUCGAUUUCGUUUACGAAAACAAAAACAGCUGAUUAAGUUCAAUUUAAGUUAUUCUCAGUUUCAAUUCUCAAUGAGAGACGAUUCAAGUGAAAAUAUGUCUCUAUUAGCAAAUUACCGUUCGUCUCGUGGUGAAGUUAACGAUGGAUACCGAAGUGGUUCAAUGGAUGCGAAUCUUUUUACAUUCAACCAACCAUUACAACCACCACCAUUUAGUACAUCAUCUUAUUUUGCAACAUCAUCAUCAUCAUCAUCACCAUCAACUGUUUCCUCUCCUUCAUCAACAUCCAAACCAUCAUCAACAUUAUCACCUCAGGAUAACUCAGGAUCAUCAUCAAUGUUUGCAAAACUAUCUAAAGCAAUACCUUUAACUAUAACCAUAAUGCUGAUAUUAUCAAUGAUUGGUGUGAUUACUUUAACAAAACAUAAUUCAUCAUCAUCUCAUGUCCCCCAAUCUUUACAUGAUGCAUCAUCAGCAUCCCUUCAGGCUCAAUCUGAUCAGCUAUUUGAAUCCACUUGGAAUGAAAGUCUUGUCGUUAAAACUGAAUGUGGUCAAUAUUUGGGUCUAUCUGAUGACGAUGGCUUUGAGUUUCGGGGAAUUCGUUAUGGUUUACCUCCGAUUGAUUCUCUUCGCUGGUCACCAACUCAACCUGUUUGGAAUGAUAGUAAAUAUUGUGAUCCGUUGGUGAAAAAAAGAGCAACCAAAUUUGGAUCAUCAUGUUUCCAGAUUAAUCCAUAUACCAAAAAGUAUCAAGGAUUAGAGGAUUGUCUUUAUAUCAAUAUUUGGACACCGACAUUAAAUGAGACAGCUAAUCUUGAUGUUAUGGUCUGGAUUCAUGGAGGAUUCUUACAGUUCGGAAGUGGCCAUGAUCCUGGUUUACGUCCGUCAACUCGUUUAGCUGUUAACAUGAAUACGGUUUUCGUUUCAUUAAAUUAUCGUUUAUAUGCUUUAGGAUUUUUAAAUCUCGCUGAUUUACCUGGAACAAGUAAUUCAAAUUCAACAAAAGAUUUAGAUAAUUUAAAAUCUAUUACUGGUAAUUAUGGUUUAUCUGAUCAACUGAUUGCUUUCCAAUGGAUUCAACGUAAUAUUGGUAAAUUUGGUGGAUCUCCUGAAAAGAUAAUCACUUUUGGCUCGGAUGCUGGUGCUGCAUCAAUAUUAGCUCAUCUUACCAAUUCGAUUGCCUCCAAAAUAAUAACUAAAGCUUGGAUAAUUGGACCUACUCUAUUUAUGAAUAGAACUGCUGAUUCAAUAAGUCACAUUCAACAUUUUGUUAAUCGAACUGGAUGUAAAACUAUUGAUUGCCUGAAAUUCAUGUCCCCUGAAAAGAUAACCCAAUGUUGGCUUGGUGAUAAUGAUCCUUCAUUUAGGAUUAUUGAUCAAAAUGAUUUACCAAUUAUUGGUAUUUAUCCUGAACAACUUAUCCAUGUUGAUGGUUCAACAAUAACUGAUUGGCUUCCCUUUCAUAAGAUGGAUUCAAUUAAUCAAAUUCCCUUGCUUGUUGGAACGGCAGCUCAAUCGAUUGAACUUUGGCCUGGAAUUGAACAACUUCGUAAUUGGACCUGGGAUGAAUAUAAGAAAUACGUUACAACUUCAUUGGACAGUUUCGGUCCAAAUUUAACUGAAUUAACUUUACGACUUUACCCAAUUCCCGAGAAAAGAUCAGAAUCAAACAAUAACAUGGACGAUAAUACAAUUGAAAAUUCUGCCAUAUUAACACAAUCCAAUUCCAAUUAUAAUAACGAUAGUAAUAACAUCACUGUUAAUAAUCAUCUUAAUCAUAAUAAUAGUAGUUCCUCUAAUGUUAAUAGUAAUAAUUUAACACCCGAAUUGUUAUAUGCAACAAUGGUGUCCGAUAUAAGACAAAACUGUCCAGUCGAUGCCGUUUUUGAACAAUUGUCCAAAAAGUGGAAAAAUGAUAUUUAUCGAUAUGUAAGCUCUGGUCAACCUUCGUGCCCUAUUCGUGUUUAUGAAUAUGAAAGUCAAUUCAGUUUCCAUCUUUGGGAUGCAAUCGUAUUUUUUGACACAAUUAAUCAAUUUAUUCAUCAUCCAAGUUCAGAUGAUCUUAAUUAUCGUGAUAUUGUUCAAGAGAUGGUUAAAAAUUUUAUUUCCAAUAACAAAUCACUUCUUCCUAAACCAUAUCCUGGUUCAGUGGCGAUUUUAUCAGCAAUUAAUCAAACAAUUGUCUCUUCCUAUUCAACUGAGAGAUGUAAUUUCUGGAAAAAGCAAGGGUUAAAUUCAUACGUUUGGACUGGUUGAUUAAUACAAUCAAUUUCUUAAUCAUUGUGACCAUUUCUCCAUCUUCAUCAAUAAUCAACAUGUUAAUUGUUUCAUUUUACUUUUGCUCAUUCUCUCUCUCUCUCUCUCUCUCUCUUUCUACCAGUGAUUAACUUAAUUUAAUUAUUGUACAGUUAACAAUUCUUACCAUAACAAUCAUCGUUGUAAACAGAAUCAAAGAAAUCAACAUUUUUGUAUAAAAUUAAUUAAUCAAAAUCUUACAGUUGUGAACAACAAUACAAAUUGUAACAUAAAUAACCCAACAAUUUAAAUUUGCUCUUCCCUCUUUGAAUUCAUUUACCUAUUAAUUACCUUUAAUUGUACAAAUGAUGAAACACAAAAUCAAACAAAAAUUGUUAUAAAAAUUAAAACUUUCCCGUUUACAGAAACAAGCACUUUGAUAAGUUUAAUUAAAUUGCGAUUUUAAUUACAACCAUAAGAUCAU